AUGAGCCAUAAAACCAGCAGCUUCAAGCGCGAAAAGCGGAAGCAAGUCCAGUCCGACGAUGGCUGGACCGUGGUCUCCGGCGGGCGAGCGAACGACGGCGCGCAAACCUCGCAGCUACAAUCUGCGCGACCCACAAGGACUGCAACCGGACUGACGGAGGAGAGGCUGCAGGCCGAACUGCAGACAAUGGAGCAAAAAUGGGAGAAGACGUCCUGCGCGAAGAAUCUCGUCCGCAUGCUCGGGCUGCGGGACUGGACCGUGAAAGAGGCGGUUUGCAUUGGCAUUGGGAGCUUUAGCAUUGAUUGGGACCAUCGGUAUCGGUCUUUGUGGCAGCUAGUGCUUUUCAGAGCGGUGGUGAAGAUAGUACAGCAAGAGGGCGUGGCGAUCGUGUUGUACGCGCAAGAACCGGCAUUCACACCUCUUGACAUAUCAUUUCUUUCUCGCCUUGGUAUCAAGGUGACAUCUUCCGAGAUCGAAUCUCACAUCACGUCGAGGUCGUUUGUAUAUGCCCCCUUCGUCGACUGGUACAUACUACUGCCGAUGUUCUUGAAGGGAAAGGAUCCAGAGCUGUAUAUCGGCAAUGAGAUAUUGGGCAGUUAUGGGACGUUUGCAAAUACACAAGAGAAAAAGGACGUGCUCGAGGACUGCAACGAACUAGGAAAAAUCUUUGCUAAUGGGAGGGAGAGAAGAAGGGUACCAGAGUUUGAAGAGCAUGGGAAUGCGCUGGAGGGACUGAUGAUCUAUUGGAACGAGGAUGAAGACGACUGA